AUGGGUAAAUAUAGAAUCUUUUUAAUAUAGUAUAUAAGCAUGAUGCAUAUAACAAUAAUCAUUGUCUGUUAAACUAUAGAUUUCGUUAUCUUCCAAGAAAACGGCUCAGACUUGGCAACUGAAGAUGAGCAAGGCAAUCAUCAGCGCACUAACAGUCAGAUGGGUAAAUAUAGAAUUUUUUAAUAGUGUAUAAGCAUGAUGCAUAUAACAACAAUCAUUGUCUGUUAAACUAUAGAUUCCGUCACCUUCGAAGAAAACGGCACAGAUUUGGUAAUUCAAGAUGAGCAAGUCAAUAAUCAGCGCAUUGACAGUCAGAUGGGUAAAUAUAGAAUCUUUUUAAUAGUGUAUAAGCAUGAUGCAUAUAACAACAAUCAUUGUCUGUUAAACUAUAGAUUGCGUCAUCUUCAAAGAAAACGGCUCAGAGAUUUGGUAAUUCAAGAUGAGGAAGUCAAUAAUCAGCGCAUUGACAGUCAGAUGGGUAAAUAUAGAAUCUUUUUAAUAGUGUAUAAGCAUGAUGCAUAUAACAACAAUCAUUGUCUGUUAAACUAUAGAUUCUGUCAUCUUCAAAGAAAACUGCUCAGAUUUGGUAAUUCAAGAUGAGGAAGUCAAUAAUCAGCCCAUUGACAGUCAGAUAGGUAAAUAUAGAAUCUUUUUAAUAGUGUAUAAGCAUGAUGCAUAUAACAACAAUCAUUGUCUGUUAAACUAUAGAUUCUGUCAUCUUCAAAGAAAACUGCUCAGAUUUGGUAAUUCAAGAUGAGGAAGUCAAUAAUCAGCCCAUUGACAGUCAGAUAGGUAAAUAUAGAAUCUUUUUAAUAGUGUAUAAGCAUGAUGCAUAUAACAACAAUCAUUGUCUGUUAAACUAUAGAUUCUGUCAUCUUCAAAGAAAACUGCUCAGAUUUGGUAAUUCAAGAUGAGGAAGUCAAUAAUCAGCCCAUUGACAGUCAGAUAGGUAAAUAUAGAAUCUUUUUAAUAGUGUAUAAGCAUGAUGCAUAUAACAACAAUCAUUGUCUGUUAAACUAUAGAUUCUGUCAUCUUCAAAGAAAACUGCUCAGAUUUGGUAAUUCAAGAUGAGGAAGUCAAUAAUCAGCCCAUUGACAGUCAGAUAGGUAAAUAUAGAAUCUUUUUAAUAGUGUAUAAGCAUGAUGCAUAUAACAACAAUCAUUGUCUGUUAAACUAUAGAUUCUGUCAUCUUCAAAGAAAACUGCUCAGAUUUGGUAAUUCAAGAUGAGGAAGUCAAUAAUCAGCCCAUUGACAGUCAGAUAGGUAAAUAUAGAAUCUUUUUAAUAGUGUAUAAGCAUGAUGCAUAUAACAACAAUCAUUGUCUGUUAAACUAUAGAUUCUGUCAUCUUCAAAGAAAACUGCUCAGAUUUGGUAAUUCAAGAUGAGGAAGUCAAUAAUCAGCCCAUUGACAGUCAGAUAGGUAAAUCAUUUAACUUUAACAAAUGAAAUCGCUGGGUCAGUUUUGGUUCCUCUAGAGAAAAAAAAUAGAAAACAGAAUUUGCGGUCAUACAAUAAAAAAAAACGAAACAUUUAAUUAACUGGAUCAAUAGACAAUAGGAAAAAUCCCUUUAUGAUUGCAGUAUGUACUAUAUUCAUAUCAAUAUCUAUCAUUUUCCUGCAGCUGAACAAACGUUGUAUGAUGACGCAAAAUGCCAAACAAGCAAAAAGCUAUCAAACAAUUCUCCCAGGAAGGUAAAACAACGGAAAAUCAUUGAUCGGCAGCGAAAGCGAUUGAAAAGAUUAAAACAACAGGCAUUAAACAACAAGCAAAAAAGAAGACCACGCGACUUACAGAAAGACAAAGCAAUUAAAAUAUUACGAAAGUUCCUGCCUGAGAAAAUCAUUAAAUUCAUUGACAUGCAAAUUGACCUGCAUCAUAAAAACCCCAAUGGUAGAAGAUACAAUGAGGAAACAAAAAGAUUCGCACUGUCACUGUACCAUGUCAGCGGCAAAGUGUACAGAAUGGUCGCAAAAUUUUUCUCCCUUCCAUCAAAGAGAAGCUUAAUGAGAUGGGUCUCCGGUUUACCACGAUGUCCUGGAUUAACCAAAGAAGCCAUGAAUGUAAUAGCUGAAAAGGUGAGCAUGGGUGGUGAGUGUAGUUACUGCAGUUAUUACCCCUCCUUACAGGAGUCACUGGGUCACCCUUUGUCAACUGGCUUUUAUUUGCAAAGUAUAAAGCAAAUUAUUGUAAUAUAUUUUAUUAAAUACUAAAUAGCACUAUUCUUAAUUACUAUUAUCAAGUUAAACUAAUGGAUGAAAAUGCAAAAAUAUGCACCAUCUCCAUGGACGAGAUGUCUCUCAAAGUAAAUCUUGCAUAUGACUCAUGCAAAGAUGAAAUAAUUGGCCUCAAGGACUUUGGAGAUGGUGAGAAAGGUACAGACCUAGCAUCAUCGGCAUUGGUUUUCAUGGCUCGUGGAGUGUUAGAGAAGUGAAAACAACCACUUGGUUACUGUCUCAUUCAUGAGUCAGGUGAUAGUGACAAAGUGAAAGAAAAACUGUUCGAAGCAAUUGAUAAAGUUACAGCAAUUGGUUUAACAGUCACUGCCAUUAUUUCUGACCUGGGCUCGAACUUUAUCAAAUUGGCAAGGGAACUAAACAUCACCCCUGAAAAACCUUGGUUUAUGCAUAACGGAGUUCGAAUAAUCUACAUAUUUGAUCCACCUCAUCUUAUCAAGGCUGUGCGAAAUAAUAUGAUGAAUUAUGAGUUCCACUUUGAGCAGAAGGUAUUCUAUUUCUCAAAACAUUAUUUUUGUAUUUAACCAUAUAACCAACCUCAUACCCGGUGCCCUCAGGUCACCCUGUAAUGCCUGUGAUAUCACUUUUGUGUUUUACUUUUGCCAAUGGCCAAUGCCAGUCGAUUUUACUAGUGAAAAGUAGACCAGGCGUUAUAGGGUUAUUGAUAUUUGUUAACUGUUAGUUUGUACAUGCCCAUCUAUUUAUAUCUAUCUUCCUCUAAGGUUGCAAGAUGGAACGAUGUGGAAGCACUCUACGCACAUGAUAAAACUCUAUCAAUCCGGUGUUGCCCCAAAUUGACAGAAGACCAUAUUCACCCAAAUGGCUUCAAAAAAAUGAAGGUUAAGCUGGCAACUCAAGUAUUGAGUCAUACGGUUGCUGCAGCAAUGCUGAUGUAUGUCAGCAUUGGCACACUGCCACCAUCAGCCACUGGAACAUCAGAGCUGCUAUCCAAGUUUGAUAAAGUAUUUGACUGCUUGAACAGCAGCAGCUUUAAAGCAGGAAAAAUCUUGAACAGACCCAUUACAAGCACAUCAUCACAUCUCCAGUUCAUGAAAGAAAUGAUUCCAUUCAUUGCAUCAAUCAGAGUGAUCAAUCCACAAAAUAAGAAAGACGUUACCAAUACCUUAAAAUGUCUACGACGACUGCAAAUAAUCCUAGAAUUUUUUUGGUUCCAUGCGACAACAAGGGGGCAAUUCCGAUAA